AUGAAGGUUAAUGACGGAGAUGGCUGGAAAAGGCGGUGGGUACCAUCUGAAUAUCGAAAGGACUAUGGAAAAUUCAACCUUUCCUAUGGUCAAUUCUACAAUGAUCCAGAGGAAGAUCUUGGACUCACUACGACCGAGGAUGUCAAGAAUUAUGCUAUUUCGGCGAAAUUUCCAAAAUUCUCGAAUAGAGACAGACUACUUAUCAUCCAGUAUGCAAUAAAACGAUUUACUCUACCUUAUGAUGAUUGUGGUGGCCUGUACGUAAAGCUAAUGAAAUCAGAUUUGGACCAAAAACGGUUCAGUGGUGAAACUCCAUACGAGAUUAUGUUCGGGCCAGAUAUAUGCGGCAUAUACUUGAAAAAAAUUCAUGCUAUAUUUCGCUACAAGGAUUCUUACUAUCACUGCAAUUCAUUUUUGCCCAUCACUAGUGAUGAACUAUCUCAUGUAUAUACAAUGAUUUUAUAUCCGAAUAAUUCCAUCAAAAUACUUGCCGAUUAUGAGGAAAAAAUUACCGGAGAUUUGGAAGAUCACUACGAUUUUCUUAAGCCACGACGAAUAAUGGACCCAAGUGUGAAUAAGCCAGCUGAUUGGGUUGAUGAAGAAUUUAUACCUGAUCCAGAUGACAAAAAACCGGACGACUGGGAUCAGCCAGAAUUUAUAUUGAAUUUAGAAGUUAAGAAACCAGAUGAUUGGGAUGAUGAAUGGGAUGGCGAAUGGGAGCCCCCGGGAAUGAUAAAUCCGGACUACAAAGGUAAAUGGGUACCGAAAGAGAUUGCAAAUCCAGCAUACAAGGGAGAAUGGAUACAUCCUGAAAUCGAUAAUCCAAAUUAUAUACCAGACCCGAACCUUUAUCUGUACGAUGAUAUCGGUGCAAUUGGAAUCGAGAUUUGGCAAGUGAACAGUAGUACAGUAUAUGACAAUAUCAUUAUAACCGAUUCUAUUGAAGAAGCUAAGAAAUUUGCGGCUCUUACGUUAAAUGGUACUAGAAAAGGUGAGGAAAAAAUGAAGAAGGAAUACGAUGAAAAGCUCCAGCGUGAGGAAGAAAAGAAAAAAGAAGAGGAGGAAAAUUCAAAUGAGAAGCAGGAGGUAAAAGAGACUGGCUUAAGUCGGGAGCACGGAAAAGAGGGAACAGAGAAAAAGGACGAGGAAAAAGAAAGUGGGUCUGACAAUAGUCAGAAAGAAAGAGGGUUAGAAAUGGAGAAGUUAAGAAAGGGUGGAGAAGGCGAAUUGAAAGAAGGUAAGGAAGAGCCAGAAAGAAAUCCGAACAAGUAUGUGGACGAAAGUGAAGGAUGGGAAGAUGAUGUAAGUUUAUCUUCAAGUGAAAACUUAUAAGACUUCCGAGAGUCCUCGCUGACGAUUGACUGUUCACUGAUAUGAAUAUAUAUUUUCCGAUUUACUGCUGGGAAGAAACGACUUACGACUUUAAGGAGACAGAGUUAUUAGCAAAAGGUGACAGUAUGAAAAUUUUUCAGCUAAAUUUUGUCAUUUCAG